GGGGAGGGGCCGGCCUAUAUAAGCGCUCCGCAGCCGCUGCGCCACGGAUCGCCCGGGCGAGAAAGACGAGACGGUGUGCGGUGCAGAGGAACCUGGAAUUCUCUCUGUGGAGAAGAUGGCUCCUGCCGGAUUGCUACCACUGCUGGGGCUCCUCUUUUUCUGGGAGGGAGGCUUUUGCCUUGUUCCUCCGAAAGAGCUGCAACAACUCUCUGCAACAGGAAGCAGGUACAUCGACUCACAGCUGGAGAACGCCAUCAAUGGAGUCAGACAGAUGAAGAUCCUCAUGGAGCAGACGAGCAAGGACCACCGGGAGAUCUUGGAUAACUUGGAGGAUACGAAGAAAAAGAAGGAGGAAGCUCUCCUCCUUGCGCAGAAGACAGAGAAGCAGCUGGCAGAGAAGGAGGUCUGCAACGAGACAAUGUUGGCCCUCUGGGAAGAGUGCAAGCCUUGCCUGAAGCAGACCUGCAUGCGGUUCUACACCCGGACUUGCCACAGCGGAGCCGGCCUGGUUGGCCGGCAGCUGGAGGACUUCCUGAACCACUCCUCCCCCUUCACCAUCUGGGUCAACGGGGAGCGCAUCGACUCCCUGAUGGACACUGACGAAGAGCAAGGCCGGCGCUUGGACGACCUGGAGGAGCGCUAUGGGCUGGUGCAGGACGGCGUGGAUGACCUCUUCCAGGAGAGCACUCAAGCCUACGGGCAACUCUCCCCCUUCUUCCACUCGCCCUUCAGUGGCUUCCGGGAUGCUUUCUGGGACCCGAUCCGCAGCAUCCGCCUCCCAUUUUCUGGUUCCCGUGUUGCUCGGAACGUGCCUUCCUUCUUCCACUUCCCAGCCCAUUACCGCCCCCAUCAAGACUUUCACCAGCUCUUCCAGCCAUUCUUUGACAUGACCCAGCGGCUCUUCGAGGGAGCUCAGGGGGCCAUGGAGGAAGAUGGCCAGUGGCCGGAGGGAAGUCUGGGGCCCGCCUUUGGGAGGCUCCCAACAGGGACUCCCAGUCCUGGAGACGAUCGCAUGGUGUGCCGCGAGAUUCGGCGCAAUUCUGCCGGCUGCCUGAGAAUGAAGGAAAGGUGUGAGAAGUGCCAGGCCAUCUUGGAUGUCGAUUGCUCCCAGACAGAUCCAGAGCAGAACCAGCUCAGAGAGCGCUUUGAGGAUGCCCUUCGAUUAGCGGAACGAUUCAGCCGGAGAUACGAUGAAAUCCUGAAGGCUUUCCAGGAAGAAAUGCUCAACACCACAAGCCUCCUUGACCAGCUUAACCAACAAUUUGGUUGGGUGUCCCGUCUGGCCAACACCACCCGGCACAAUGACAAACUCCUGCAGGUCACCACGGUGGCUACCAGAUCUUCCAAUCCAGAGGACCCAUCCCAACCCUCUGACACUCAAGUGACCGUCCAGCUGUUUGACUCAGAGCCUCUGUCCCUGACAGUGCCCGGAGACAUCGCUUGGAAUGACCCCAGGUUCAUGGAGCUGGUGGCCGGGCAGGCGCUUCGUCAGUACAAGGGCAAUGAAGUGGAGUAGCUCUGCCUUCCCCUGGAUCUCAGGGCAUGACGAGGGAGGGAGGGAAGCCAUAGCUUUCUGCAAUUUCUGCCUUGCUGCCUUCCUAGUGCCACCGCAGAGGACCCUCGCCCAUCAAGCCGCGCCUGUUUGUGUUAGUAGUUUACACACUGUAUCGCCUGCCCUGUUUUUGCUGCUGGGUCUUUGCUGAUCCAAAACUGAAAUAAAAGAUUCUAGGCCUGA